AAAAAAAAAAAAAGCCAAAAAAAAAAAACAAUCACAUGUAUAAAAGUAAAACUCCUCGCUCAUGUGGAUUUGAGUCAGCGAACCCCAAAACCAGUUCUCCACCACCACACCUGCCAUCACGUAAUGAAGCCGGACGAACCAAUCACCACAACUAUUCGACGAAUCCUCCUUCGAUGUUCGAGCGGGCACGCCAGAUCAUGCUAAUCGGCGCCUCCAGCUGCCGGCUCCGGACGCCGUGGAGCCGCAUCCUCUUCCUGCUCCUCUGCUCGCCCCUGCUCUUGCCCUUCCUCUGUGCCACUUUCCCGAUCCUUUGCGCCGCCGAAGUCUGCAUACGCCUCUGCAGGCGACGAAGAAAGGAGUUUCAGAAAGAAGAAGCAGAGCCGCUGCGGCGGUGCGAGGAGGGUUUGUGCGGCGAUCAAGAGGAAGAGGAAGUCGGUUUGCUUCAAAGGUAUUUGGAAGAUCAAUUGAUGCUCGUUGGAUCUAUGUACGAUUGCGGUGAUGAAUUUGAUGAUCAAAAUGUUGAUGGUGAUCAAAUUAAGAGUCCUCUUUUGGGUUGAUUUAGGUUAAUUAUGUGUAAAUGACAGUAGUUUUCUUUUUUGACUUUUCUGUUUGGAUUGUGGAAUUGUGAGUUAGUGCUUUUUUAAUUUGAAAAAUGGGAUUUUGCUCUGAUUUUGGACUGUUUAAUUUGACUGUAAUUUCUUUUAGUGAAAUUAAAAUUUGAAAUUUGUGUUUGA